UUGGUACUCGCAGCCACUUUGGCUCGCCGCCGCUGGCCACAUCGCCCUUUCCCCCGUGGCUUACUCCGCCCCUGUAGUGGCAGCAGUCCCCUCAGCAGGUAUCGUCCACAAGAGCGUCCAAGCCCAAACCAUCGUCGACCCUCCAGUAGUCAAAACCGUCAUUCAAUCCGCACCUGUAGUAGCUUACUCCGCCCCUGUAGUACACGCUGCACCCGUAGUAGCUCACGCUGCACCCGUAGUAGCUCACGCUGCACCCGUAGUACACGCUGCACCAGUUGUAGCUCACGCUGCUCCCGUAGUACACGCUGCACCCGUAGUAGCUCACGCUGCACCAGUAGUAGUAUCCGGCCCAUCAGUACACAAGACUGUCCAAGCUACCAACAUUGUGCACAGAGCUCCAGAAGUACACACUGAAGUCCACGCCGCUCCCGUUGUGCUCAAGACUGUACACGCUGCUCCCCUUGUACAUGUCCAUUAAAGUCUGACGAAUGUACCUAAUUCUCGCAAGUGCCAAAAAAAUCGAUUUUUUUUAAAAAUAAAUCUAUAGUUUAAAAAG